ACCGGGCGGCUUUUUGGAUAUUUUGGGUAGUAGCGGUGGUUGUGGCGGCGGCGGCGGCAGUGGUGGAAAACUUUACAUAUAGACUAGGUUAGAAGUUAAGACAGUACCUAUCAACUCGCGACAAUCCUAAUAAAUGUAUCUAACUUUAGCAAUUUGCACUAAAACCUACAGAAAGCUGGUUUUCUUUCUUUAGUCUCUGUCUGAAUAUGGAGUCCAAAUACAUUUUGGAAAAGUCGUCGGCUGGGACGAGGGUCGGCGGUGCGGAUUUUCACUGCCGGGCAGGCCGCUCCGUGCUCCGCGACACCCGGAUCCCCACGAUGGAAAAAAGCGUCUCCGUGCCGGCGUACACGCACGGGCCCGUCCUCUACAAAUUUGUGGUGGACGGCGGCUCGGUGGAGGAGCUCAAAAGCGACAGAACCUCUUCUAAAGGGAACCGGCUGCCUCCGGGUGGGCGAAUAUUGCACGACACGGAAAAAACUGGCCCGGCAGACCAAAAAGAUGCUGUCUCCACUGGAGUCUUGAAGAGGGCCAGUCCCACUCACUGUCCAGUGAUAAAUGGACAGCUGCCAGCCGGAUUCAUGCAUUUGGAGAUCAGAAACCCAGGGAGACAGGCAGAGCUGAAUGGUAACGUCAGGGCAGCGCAAGGGCAGAACGUACCACAGACAGAAAGACAGCACCUCCCUUCCUCUCACAUCCCUGUCCCCAGAAACAGGAAGCCCUCAGGUCAUGCCGAUAAGGAGGUGAUGGCUGCCACUGUCCUGACUUCGCUGUCCACAUCCCCUCUGGUGCUCUACCCUGCACACACAGUCCCAGAACCAGCCAACAAGUCUUGGAAAGAGGUGCUGUCAGCCAGCUACAGCAGUUCAACCAGUGGCAACUGGAGCUGGGACGCCAGUGACCAAUCCGUGCCCUCCACACCGUCCCCGCCACUUUCCAACGACACCAACAAGAACUUCCUGCUCUCGCACCAGGCUGAUGAUGUCAGCGAGGAUGUUACAGAGAACACACACUUCAUGUUUGAGGACCCCAUACCUCGGAAGCGAAAGAACUCCAUGAAGGUGAUGUUCAAGUGCUUGUGGAAGAACUGUGAAAAGGUCCUCAGCACCUCCUCAGGGAUCCAGAGACACAUCCGCACCGUCCACCUGGGGCGAAACAAUGACUCGGACUACAGCGACGGAGAGGAGGACUUCUACUACUCAGAGAUCGAGGUCAACAUGGACAGCCUGACAGAGGGACUGUCCAGCCUCACGCCCACCUCCCCCACCACAGCAGGUCCUCCGCCAAUCUUCCCUCCACCGCUCACCGAGGUCCCUCACUCCGAGCAUAUCAACAUGAAUGGUUUGCAGAGCCAGGCCCCCACGCUGCUCAGCCAAUCAGCUCCUUCCACACUCUGCCACAUCCGUACUGACCACGCCUACCAGGCCACUGCUCCAGUGAGUAUCCCAGUGGGUCCUGAGCUGGCCGGGAUAGGCAGUAGUAAUGGGAUCGGGCCUGGGCCUGGAACUGGGACUGGGAAUGGCAUCAGUGUGUCGUGGCAGUCCCCUCCUGUCAUUUUUAAAGGCGUCCUGGGGCCUGUGACUCAUGUCCGGACAGUUAGCAUCGGUGAAAAGCGGCAGCCGGCAGCCGGCGCACACACCACUGUCAACAAGAACCCCGCUUUAAUAACGGCAGCACCUAAGUCGACACCAGGAACCAGGAAACCCCGUGGGGAGGCGAAGAAGUGCAGAAAGGUGUACGGCAUGGAGAAGAGAGACAUGUGGUGCACAGCCUGUCGCUGGAAAAAAGCCUGUCAGAGAUUCACCGACUAAUCCAGUCCCCUUCCCCGGUUUGUGAGGUGAGCGCUCCCUCACUCGGAGCGACAGCUAGGUGGACCCUUCCAGCGUCCAGAUGAGGGGAGAUUUCUUCUUCGAUGGAGUUCUUGGUGCUGCUUCCUCCUCCGGCUCAGCAAGGGCGCGCAUCAUCUCUUUUCUUCUGUUUCCAACCACAAAAGAGAAAAUAAAACUGGUGGGUAAAAACAAACAAAAAAAAAAAAACAACAAAAAAACACAAAAAAAAUCAAGAAAAAACAACUUAAUGCAGGUUUGGAAACUUUUUUUCUAAGACAUUUUCACUCUGCUGACGAAUAAGAAAAAGAGAAAAAAAAAGAAACAUUUAAAUUAGAUUCUGAACCUUCUGAUUUGAUUUUUGUUUUUCACUUGCUUCAACUCAAGACAAUGUUUAAAGACUACAGAUAAGCUUUUUUGGUAUACUCUGUUCAUUAUCAGAGCAACAUGUAAGCUACUACCCGUGAGAUGGAUCAUCACAAGAGUUUGUCCAAGAGUUAACACAAGAUGAACCAGAUGCUGGGUAAGACGCCCGUAGCAUAUCCGUUUCUCAUUGUCACUGUUUAAGGGACUUCAGACCUACCAAAUGCAAAAAGCCUGUUCACUUACAACCGACAGUUUUGGUGUAAGCUCUAAAAUCACUGUCUUCGGCAGUCUUACUGGAUAUUGACUGCAUGUCUGUGUACAUAUUGCUCAAUAUCAAACAACUUGUUCAGAUUCAACACAGCCAGCUAUACUUCCUGUAGUUUUGCAAAGCUGCACAAAACCCUUCAAAUCUAGUGGUACAAAAAGUGUUCCCUUGUCGUUCCAAAAUACUUUUGAAAGUUGUACACAAUAUAUGAGAUAUAUUUCUCUCUCUCUUCUUCUCUAUACUUCUACCCUAGCGAUAUGCACCUUGAAGAAAUAAGCCGUCUUUUAGAGUAUCACUGUAACCCCAGCGUAUGCCUGAGAGAGGGUAGCUAUUUCUUAUAUAGUUUAUUUUCAGCAAUGACUAGCUGAAGCGACUAGUAGUUGCACUGUGCAAUCAGCAAAAUUACAGCAUUUAAUAUUGUCUAUUCUUAUUUUGUUGUUGUUAUGGAGUCCUGUGUUGAGGCAGAAAGUAUCAUUCUUUUAUUUUGACAGCGGAUGUUCUUAAAGAGAUUGUUUACCACAGUGAUACAUGAAUGAUAACUGUCCUCUGAAACUUUAACCCACCGUCUGACUGGUGUAAAUUAUGUACGUAUGUAGUGAAUAACAUAGAGGUUGUAACCCAACAAUCAGCACCAGUUUAAGAUGGAGAGGUUGCCCAGUCUUUGGAAUAAUUGCCAAUAACCAGCAUUAAUUUUAAGUAUCCGAACCUACAGAAACUUGAUAAAAUCCCAGACUUUCCAGUGUUUUAACUGUGUUUCAUCCUUUAAAAAGAUAUUUCGCUCUGAUGUAACAUUUUAAUAAUAGUGAGAAUCAAAUCAAGUCAGUGCAGAGCAGUUAAGUGGUAAACUGUAAACUGAUACAAGUGAAUCAAGGAUCAAACAUGCUUUACCAAAACGGAGUCUUACUUCACAGUAUAGGCCUGUAAUAGUAAAAUCUUUGAAUCUUAGUUUUUUGAUACGGCCCCUUUUACCAGUUUUUCCAGCAGUUUUGACCGUCUAAAGGUAGUUGUUAGUUUUAAAAAAUGAUCCGUCAACUUUUGUAUUUGUCUUUAUCAGGAUAUACAACAGGAAGUGACAAUUAAGAAUAAUAAUUUUAUAGUAUUUUCUAAAAUGCGCUGUCCCUUUUUAAAGGUUACCAGUUACAAAUUGUAAACCUCCACAGUCAAAGGCACUUGUGAUUGGCUUAAUGACAUGGAUGGAGACUGAUGUCUCAUUGUUGAUGUGGAAGAUUGAAGUAGAAGUCUGUUGUAAAGGUGUGAAUUAAGAGCUCCCCAGAACAGCUUUUUUCUCCUUUUCUACUUUUACCUUUAUUAGUGAUGACUAGUCGUCAUUAAUGUUCUCUGACCUGAUCUUUUUUUUUUUUUUAGAUUUAAACACUAGUCAUCUUCACGAUGUUAACCUUCUUCCCCAAAACCUUAAAAACUAGUCAAAACCUUUAUUUCUUUAGCCCCAAAUAACAACUUUCUACAAAAUAUGACACUCCCCUCGAUCCUUACAGACCCUUAAUUCAGGGAAAGACGCUCUCAAAGAUCGUUUCAUUACAACAGAGUUAUAUAUUCAUGCUGUAUGUUCGCAGCUUUUUAAACGUUGGUUCUCGCGCGUGUCCUCUGCUCUCCUGACACUGAGCUGAUCUGAUCUCAGUAGCAACCCAUGACAAACACAGAGUGCCUGUCCUCUCCUACAUGAGCUGGCCGUCUUUGAGCUCACUCCUUGACUGAGGUACAGUACGACUUCAGACCUCCGUCUCCAUAGAAACACCCGUGAUGUCCUCUGCCAUCACAGGGUCACAUGUGCUGUCUGCUGAUACCACGUGACGGGUGGCCAGCUAUCGUUUCUCGAUGAGAGCUAAUGCGUGAAGUCAACAUUAAGCACACACGGCGGCUGCUGUUGUAGUUAAUAAUAUCUCAUCCAGUUCCUGUAAUCGACCGCCGUGUUGUUUUGAAUAUGUGUCCUCCCUGUAAAGUGUUUAUUCCAGUUUGAAUCCCAGAUAAGCUAGGUCAACAGGCCUCUUCCAGUCACAAAGUUCACCAACUUCACCAAGUGCCAAUGAAAAGAAUACAAAAAGGAAAAGGUGUACUGACCUAAUGAAAUUGCACUACGUUGCACUGCGCAAACACAUGUUUUUAUACAUGGAUGUUUUCUAUUCACACAUUUUUAAGUGAAAGGGUUCCUUUGGGUGUAUCGUCACUGCCCGAUGGAAGCAAUGGGGUGUCAGGGAAAGGGGUUCGUGAAACUCUGGGGUUCUCCAUUAUUAGAAGGUGAUCUUAACAGUUGAUGUCUCGCUCGCUGUGUCAGAUUUAUUGUACUAAACACAAUGGUGCUGGCAGUUUUAGGAGCGUGGUACUGGAAGUACAGCGAGGUACUCGGUAGUUGUCAGUCACUUUGCCUUUCCUUGGAUGAGUGCCAAGGGCCGCUCACAGCACCAGCCUUGUCUCAGCGAUGGGAAGCCGCCAGUUUCAGUCAGUAGCCGUGCGUUAUCGUCUGGAUAACACACGCAUUAGAGAGUCUUUUUUCACAACGCUUACACUUUUUAUCCAUAAAACUCAGCCGUGUGCUUCCUCGACUUAACACAAGUUCCUGUUUCUUUUAAAACUUACUGAGCUGAGGCAGUAACGUGUACAUACUGUUAUUAGUGCUGGAUACCACUUUUAAUUUAGAUGUCUUUGGUUUGGUCGCUGAUGUAGUGUGACAUGCUACCCAUCAGGUCUCUCUCCAUCCUCGGCGUGAGCGCGUUUCGGUUUCGGCCAGCAGGGUCGGAGGCCGGUGCUCGUGCUGGCAGAGAAGUGGACUCUUAGCACACGUUACACUAACGGUUCCACCUUCCUUCAGAGCCGCACUAGACUGGCCUCUGACGAUUACAUCCCUAAGCCUGUGAUCUGUAAGAUCUCGGUUUUUUGAGUGCAGCUUGGCUACCCACGGCCAAAAAAAAACAAAACAAACACAGAUCACCUGUUACAACAUUCACCUGAAAAGCACAGGAUGGAGAUUGACAUUGACCGUUGUGUGUGUGUGUGUGUAGAUAAACUGGUGAUUUAACAGUAUACGGACACGAGACACGCAGUGACGAUAAAGAUGGAUUCGCAAGUUUCAGGGCUUUCUUGUACAUAUGCAACAUAAAGAGAACCGUGAGGCUUUUUUUUUUUUUCAUAUGUUGUUUUAUUUUGUCUGUUGUUGUUUCUCUGUUAUAUGAAAAGGAAACUUUUUUACAGUACAGUUGCUCAGAAUAUUUUUUUCUUUCAUUUUGUUGAUUGAGAAGCUGUAGUGAAAAUAUUCAAUGUAUAUUGUAGCUUAUAGGCAAAGGGGAGAAAAAGAAAACCUGUUGAAUGUAAAACCUUUAAAAAAAAAAAGUCUUUUUUUUUGUUGUUGUUAUAGUUGCUGGCUAGUUUAUAGUGAACCUGUAGUGCGUUCCAACUUUGGUAUCCAAAUUUUUAACACCCACAGACAGCUGUCGCCACACUGCUAAAUCAUAUAAAGUAACACAACCAUGCAGUAUUGCUUUACUAUCAUACUUUGUGCAAUGAGAUGCUUUACAAUGGAACAAGAACUAACUUGUUUUUUGAUGGUAUCUGGGCCGCUUUCUCACACUUUUGCCAUUUUGUCUUUCACCCUGCCAAAAUAGUAGCUUCUUUUUUUUUGUUUUUUUUUCUCUGAAUACGUGUGGUUACCGUGGAUGUUGUUUGUGCUUGUGACGUUAAGUUGUUGUUAGGCGGGAUAACCUUUCGACGUUCGGUCACCAUGGAAAGUUUAACCUUGUGGGAGACUUUAUCCUGCCCCGCACAUUCCAACAGACAGCAUGCUUUUAGUGUCUUCCACUUGUUUCCUAAAAGGCACGUCCUUCCCGUUUCCUUCUCACUACCGCGAUCCUUCUCCGCUCAUGUUUUUGUUUCCUGUUCUCGUGCUCUCCAGCUUUACUGUGGUCCCACCCAAGCCUUUACCCAGUAUAUUAAGCUAAACAAAACCCUUGAAAUGUGCAUCAAAAAAAAAGCGCCUUUGUUUUUUUUGUUUUUUUUUUCCAAAUAUGUCAAAAUUGAUGUGCUGCUUUCUUGAAUGUCAGUUUUCAUUUGUAUGUAAACCAGCAGCAGCAAAGCCAAUAGAUCUACUUCCAAAUCACAUGUUUUGCAUUGCAAUGGCAGCUCCACUCACUUCUCUGCUCCUUCGACCGUGCUCUUAUUGUUCGUCCAAGUGUUCACCCCGUCUGUCUGUCACUUCUCUCAUUCGAUGACCAUUUCUUUCCCCCUGUUGCGUUUUUUACUCAGCCUUACACUUGGCUGCUGUAAAAACCAACCUUUGCUUCUUUUUUUUUCAGUUUUCUCAUUGAUUGUCUGGUCUGGUUUGAGGUUGUUUUGCAUGUCUAGCAUCGCUCAUUUUUUCCUUAUUCUUUUUUUUUGUUUGUUUGUUUGGAGAUACAACACUGAAGGGUUUUAUGUGUUCGAUUUCCCCUCUCAGUAUCUGAUAACCCAGGGCUAAUGUAGGUUGUUUUCCUCCAAAUGUGUAAAAUGCUCACUGCAGCCCGACACACACAGUGCGCUUUUUUUGUUUUGUUUUGUUGUUGUUUUUUUUUUGUUUUUUGUGAGGGAAAACAUGACGUCAGCCUCGGGUCUUCACUGGAGGGCAAGAUUUCUCCUGUGUGUGGGCUCGGCCUCUGGUCUUCAUCAGCAGUCCCACACACACGGAGGAAGCACUUUCUGAGGAGUGGUGCACUCAAGGAGUAUUUGUAUGAAUGUCAAGCCUACAACUAGGGCUUGAAAAGAUGGAUGACCAUGUAUGAUGCUGAUAAUGUGAUCUAUGUGAUGUAAUGUGACAGAAAGAAAAUAAACCUGAAUGGAAGA